UAUUUAAUUCCUUGCAGUGUUUUUAAUGCAUUAAAUCAUUUUGAUAGCACCAGAAUACAUUUUGUGACAGCAAUGCUAGAGAAAUAAUUAAAUAGUGUCAGCUCCCCUACUCCUGGUGCAUUCCUAUUGCGCUGCAUGUUUUCAUUGUUGUUCCAUUUGAGGGCAAAUGUAGGAAGAUGUGUUGCCCAUCUUUAUGAAUAUAAAACAUAUUUAUUAGCAUUUUAUCAUGUACCCAGUCUUGUAUUAUGCAGCUGACUGUGUGUUGUUUGCAUCUCUGUGUGGCAGUUGAAAAAUUAUGAUGUAAUGGUUGAGCAAAACAGGUGACGUAAUGUGCACUGCAACACUGAACCAGCUGAGCCUAGCCUGCAUGGACUUUAUUCACUGCUGUCAAUACUAAGAAAUGCACAUACAGCAGAGCCAUUUAUUUAUGCUUAUGAAGGAUUUUAAACAAAGAAACACAAUAUGAUCCUUGCAAGCCCAGGCAAGUCCCUGUACAUUUCCACAGCACUGGGAUCUGCUAUUCAUCACCCCCCUGCACGUACUCCUGUUUGCCUUUCUUCUCUGCUGGCAUGUUACCAGGCAAGAUACAGCGCAGAUGGCGUGCCUCUCUUUUUAAUUGGCUGGCUGGUGAGCGGUGGGCGUGGCCUAACAGCCCCAUAUAUAAGCAUUGUUGCAGGAUGAACCGCAGAGCUUGGCAGCUGGUGAGAGGAAGAGGCAUCGUACGGGACAGAAGUUUACAGAUAGUUGUUAUUGUAGACAAUAACUAUUCAAAUAACUGUCUUAUACAUCGACAACGGACUUGAACGGCGCCGCUGUCACAUAAGCUCUGACCACAAAAGCAGCAGGUACUGUUGAAUACUGCAAAUAAGACAACUAUGCCUGCUCUCUCAACACCCACUGAUAUCGGCAGUUCACCCCCUUCUCCAGUGGACAGAAGUCCCCGGAGGCUGUCUUGGGGCAAACUGGUGCAAAGAUUGACGGAUUUCAGCACAUCUGCCAACAGCAGCAGUAUUGAGUCUGGGUCUAACAAUGGCAGCAGGAGUGAUCUCUCAGACUCAGGGUCAGAUGUCUAUAGUGACCUGUCUCCCUCUAAUGGAGACCUCUUUUAUGAUCCAAUGGAGGAAACCAUCCUGAAAGAAGUAGUGGACCUUAUUGCAGGAAGCCUGAGAGAAGCCAAAGACUCAGACUGUGCCUUACGAUGUACCAAACUGCUCAUCCCAGAGAAACUUCUGGAGCACAUCGGACAGGAGCUCCUUCACCUGGCAGCUAGUGAGCCCUGCGGUUUAAGAGGGGCUCUCAUUGACCUUUGUGUAGAGCAAGGCGCCCUCUGUGAGAGCAUGGGACAGCUAUCUGUGGACCCCUACCUUGUCCCCACCUUUCAGCUGACUCUGGUGUUGAGGCUAGAGUCUGGUGGGUUGUGGCCAAAAAUCCAAGGACUUUUUAGCACAAAGUCUCCUUCCACUCCAGUGGUGAGACAAGCUAUUAAACUUAGCACUGGUUUCCGUGUGAUCAAGAAGAAACUGUAUUGUUCUGAAGAACUGCUUAUUGAGGAAUGUUAAGAAAUGUAAGGGACUGUCAAUGUUUUAUUGUCUGCGUUUUUAAAACGCCCAGUUAAGCUCACAGAAGGGCCUUAUUACUAUAACUACAUGUAUAUGAUGCCUUCUGAAGUGUAAGGAUGGACAUCAUGAUGUAGCCUAUUGUUCCCACUGUAAGGGAACUGAAGUUUAUGGUACCUGGAGCAGAUUUUGCUUUAACACUCGCUCCUCACUGAUGGUCAGAUUUUCAAAUUACAAUGUGUAACCAUCAUGAUAUAUCUGGUAAAUAGGCAUUUUGCGAGUAUUAAAGUGCGUACCUCAGUUUCUAUUGAAACCACACAACGGCAGCUAGCUAUACGCUUUAUAGUCAUUGAAAACCAUUGUUCUUUCUUUUUAUACACGGCAAUUAACUGUAACGUACACCAAGUGAUGAACUGUACACCAAGCAAACCAUUAGGGACCUUAGUUACUGCUUGAAUUCGAGAGUAAAGGCCUACCAGUGAUUGCCCUGUGCAGCUUAUGUGCAAGCUGCAGCUAAGAUAAGCAAAUGUAACUUGAUCUUGUAUCUGUGUACCUGUCCUGCUUUCAACUUUAUUUAUUUGACAUUCAAAUACUCAUAACAUUGCACUGUUUUUGUACUUUCAUGAUUGCAAAUAAAUUAUUAUUAUUUUUUUUAAA